AUGGGUUCUUAAAUGAAGACAAAUAUUUUCUCAAAUAAAUAAUAUAUGAUUCUAAUAAUUUUUUUGAUAUUAUCUGCACUAGGGACUAUUACACAUGACCAGAGCAAUUGGGUUAACUGGAGUUUGAAUUGUUAAAAUGGAGAUGUUAGGACUGAAUAAAUAAAUUUUUCAGAUUCUUUUGCUAAUACAUCAAAAGUCAUAGUGACUCCGGGUUCAUUAGAUUUUGCAAGCAUUUCUCCUUCCUAUGAGCUUAAUUUUUUGUUAGAAAUUCCAUAAAUUACUACAUCAUGUAAUGAAUCAAUUGAAUAAGUUUAGAUUUUAAAAUAAAAUUCACUUGCCUUACCAAAGCAGUAUAGGGAAUCAGAUUAAAUUGGUAUGCCAUUGAUGAUUAAUGAGUCGAUGUAAUAACGGUGACUGAUUUGAACCCUCUAUCUGAAGCAACAUAUCCAAUUGCUAAUCCAAACUUCAAAAUAGCAAAAGUAUCAAUUUUAAGCUUUAGUUAUUCUGGUGCAUUUGAAAUUUAAACUGCAAACUCUAACUUACUUCAUCUAGGAUAUUAAAUAAUAUUGGGAACUACUGAAGCUUUAACUCUUUUUGAAACAAAAGCAACAACUUCUAAAUACACAAAUGGAGGUUUUAAUUUUGAAGCAAAUUGUUUCUUUCUACUUUUAUAUUCUAAAUUAUAAUUCAGUAACACAUCAUCAUACAAAUUAAAAUUCUUCACAACCACUGUAGGUUCAGCUGUUUAAUAUAGCGUGUAAACAAAUAAAAACUUCAAACAUAUAUAUAUUUCUUAGGGUCAAGUAGUGUAUAUGUUCCAAACACUAUUUCUGCAUUGUAGAUGAAAUAUGUUUUAAGUUAUGAAUUUAAACCAAUUUAUGUGAUACUCUUAGAAUAAGCAAAUAUUUAGAUAGAAAUAUUAAUGAAAAAACAUCUAAAUAAAUGAAUCUUGUAGAAGAAAACAAAACUGAAGGUUAAGAUCCCAUCUUGGUUGCUGAUACAAUUCAAAAAUUGAAUGUCAUUGUUUAUUUUAAGUGUUAUCCUAACAAAAAGGUUCAUGCAGUAAUAAAUAAAUGUAACAACAGCUUAAAAUAAGAUAUAACUCUUGACCGUAAUUGCCAUGGUUCAAUGAACAUCAUUUAUUUUUAUAUGCGAUUUACAUCAUAAUCAGAUUUUAAAGAAUUAGCAAUUACAACUACUACUAAUGGUUUCUCAAUUGAUUAAAUAGUUAGAAAUUAUGAUGUUUAAACGAAAAAUGUCUUAAAUAUCUAAAUGUAAGAUAUCUGA